AUGAAACUGUUACUACUACUGGCUGCGCUCAUUGCUCAUGUAGGUUUUAAGCUCUUUGAAUGUGAAAAGAGGGUAUUUGUGUCAGGUGUGCUGUUCCGGGCACAUGAAAAUCGACCUGAAAAGUAAGUUCCGUCUACCGGUGACUGUGAUUGUUCGGCAUGAAAACAAGACGAUCAUCUCGCUUCCGAUCGGACUUUCGGCUCAGAAAGACCGUCACUUUGGACCGUUCCCGAUAGAGUUCAACGAGAAUUACACUCUGCUCAUUCUCGGAGCAAAAACUGAAGAACUCGGUGAGCAACACUAACGAGAGGGUCCGAAAAGAAAGAAUAGAGUAUUCCAGGUGUUACCGCAAGUUCGUACCGUGGAGAAUUCAGUGCUCUUCGCGGGUCGAUUGCUCCAAAAAAACUUGAUCUUCCGCUCAGUGGGCUCAAACUCUCUUUCGAGUGCGAUCCGUAAGUUAGCACAGAAAUGCACCGCCCGAGUCUCUUUUUCAGAAACUGGACGGGCGAGCGGUGCGACACCAAGUGCUCCUAUUGUUUCGUCGAAGAAACGGAUGAUCGACAAAUGAAACUGGAGACGGACUACACAAUCGAUCAAGAGAAGCUGCCGACGAUUAUCGAAAGGCUGAAAGAGACGACGAAAGUUGAUAACGAGAUGAGCGAAAACGGACAGAACUGGAGGAUGAGGAAGCAGGAGCAGGAGGAGGAGAAGAUCAAGGAAGAGAGAACGAAGAAGGAUUCGAAGAAGAAAUCGCUCUUUUCGGACUUGUUCAAGAGCAUAUUUUCUCUGAACGAAGGACUGGCGGGAAUGAGAGAAAACAACGAGGAGAGGGAGGUUCCGAUCGUGAUCGACAUGCAAAUCGGAGACGAUUCCAAAGAGUCCCAACCUCUCGUUCAGACGUCUCUUUCUUCCUACCGGAGUCCGUUUGCAGUGGAUAAGAAAGAAGAGAUCGAGAAGCACGGCGCCGUGCAGAAGAUGCUUGGAUUGAGACAUUCGAAGCCGUUCGCCUAUCAGGGAGUCGAUUCGGUCGGACUGUUCGGACCGGCCGCGUGGUUGCUGGCAAGCAGAAGACGUUAGGCUUCUGAAUAAUAUCUGAACAAUUUCAGGAUGCGAUGCCGCGGAUAGCCAGAAACUCGGCGGAAGGAUCGGGAAGCAUCUCGGACGACUUCAGCCUCGACCAGAUUAUUAGAAACUAA